AUGAAUGUAUCUUCGAAUGAGAAUAUACAUGUGGCCCCGCAACCUGCACAUCAGGAUAAUCCUAAUUCCUCUUCGAUUGAAGAGACAAAGACUCGAGUCUCUGACUCAUUAAAUCAUGAGAUUUCAGCUGGAGAAAUAGAUGUGAUUCCCCCUGUGUAUCGAGGUAUAACCAGAAAAAAAAUAAAAUUAGUAAUAUACGUGGAGAUGUAA